UGCAGAACAGCCAGCCAUGUCCAAGACCACAGAGCCCCAGACAAACAGCAUGUCCAGCAGGCAGCGAUGUCCACAGGUCAAGGGGCUGGAGAACAUUGAGCCUUUGGUGUGUUCUGUGGAGGAAACCCCUGAUCCCAUCCCCACCACAAUCACGGGAACUAUUCCAACCUGGAUCAAUGGGAGUUUCCUGAGAAAUGGUCCUGGAAAGUUUGAAUUUGGAAAAGACAGAUACACCCACUGGUUUGACGGCAUGGCCAUGAUGCACCGGUUCCACAUCUGUGAGGGCAAUGUCACCUACAGUAGCCGAUUCCUGCAAAGUGACUCAUACGUCAGCAACUCAGAGAAGAACCGCAUCGUGGUGUCAGAGUUUGGGACAUUAGCCAUGCCGGAUCCCUGCAAGAACAUCUUUGCACGCUUCUUUUCGCGCUUUCAGAUCCCCAAGGCCACAGAUAACGCCAGUGUGAACUUUGUCAAGUACAAGGGAGACUAUUAUGUCAGCACAGAAACCAACUACAUGAGACGAGUAGAUCCCCAGAGCCUGGAGACGAAGGAGAAGGUGGACUGGAGUAAAUACAUUGCUGUCAACUCAGCCACAGCUCACCCACACUAUGACCGUGAUGGAGCCACCUACAACAUGGGCAACUCCUACGGAAAAAGCGGUUUCUUCUACAACAUCCUGCGUGUGCCUCCUCCUGAGGAGAAAGGAGCAGUGGAGGACUCUGCAGACCUGAAUGGAGCCAGGGUGAUCUGCUCCAUCCGUGCUUCUGAAGCCAGGAAGCCUUCCUAUUAUCACAGCUUUGUCAUGUCUGAGAACUACUUUGUGUUCAUUGAGCAGCCGAUCAAGCUGGACCUGCUGAAGUUCAUGCUAUACAGAAUCCAGGGAAAGAGCUUUCAUAAAGUCAUGACCUGGGAACCUCAGUAUGACACCGUCUUCCACUUGGUCAACAGGCACACUGGCAAGGAGAGUGAAGUGAGGUACCUUGCAGCACCAAUGUUCACACUGCAUCAGAUCAACGCUUUCGAGGACGACGGCUUCUUGGUUAUGGACAUGUGCUGUGGGGACGAUGGUGAGGUCAUUGGAGACUUUACACUGGAGAACCUCAGAGGCACGGGAGAGGACUUGGACAAGUUUUACAACUCGUUGUGCAGAAACCUCCCAAGGAGAUAUGUCCUACCCCUGACAGUGGACGAACAAACCCUUUUGGACCAAAACCUCGUCACUCUGCAUAACUAUAGAGCCACAGCAAAGAAGACAAAACCAAGAGAGGUUUACCUGACCCACGAGGAACUUCACAAUGACGAGCUGCUGCAAUACGGUGGCCUAGAGUUCCCUCAGAUCAACUAUGACCAGUACAAUGGAAGACCAUACCGCUACUUCUACUCCUGUGGCUUUGGACACGUCUUCAGUGACUCCCUGCUCAAAAUGGAUGUCCACACCAAGGAGCUUAAGGUGUGGCGUUAUCCCGGCUUGUACCCGUCUGAGCCUGUCUUUGUUGCGUCGCCCGAAGCUACUGAGGAAGAUGAUGGAGUGGUCUUGUCAGUCAUCAUCACACCCAGAGAAGACAAAAGUACUUUCCUACUUGUUCUGGAUGCAAAGACCUUCACUGAGCUGGGAAGAGCAGAGGUCCCUGUCAACAUCCCAUACGGGACCCACGGCGUGUUUAACAAGAUGGGCUAGAUGUGCCACUAUUCCUGAAAUGUAACCAGUAACCAGCCUCUUUAUCCACAGAAUGUGAUUGUCUCUGUUGAUGUUAUUUCAUGUAAAAUUCCUGAACUGUAAAAGAAAUUAGAGCUGGUAUAAACCUGCAGACUCAUGCUAUUUGUUUGUAGCUCAGCCAUCAGAAAGAUGGCAAUCUUUUGGAGACUAACAAGGCAGAAAGCCCAGCAUGGAAUCAGCACACUGAUAAAGUUUGUCCUCUAAGUGUUAUCAUGUGCUCUUGUAAGAUAUUGAAACAGCCUUUAGACAAUGGCCAGACUCCCAUACGGAUGGCGAUUACUUGGAAGAAAUAAUACUUUACGCGGAAAACCUUUUGAAAAAAUAAAACACAACAUGACAUUAAAUACACACAUUGCAAUAAAAUCCAUUUCCUCU